AUGGGUCAAAUAGCACAACAAUUAGCCUCGAGUUCUCAAGGACAAGGUGCUCUACCUAGUGCAACUGUGACAAAUCCUAGAGAGCAUAAUAAUAUGAGUGUUGUGACAACAAGAAGUGCUAAAUAUGAUGAAGUAUUUGAGGAGAUGGAUGAAGAGGAAGAUCAAUUGAUCGAAGUGGAUCUUGAGAUCAAAGAAAACGAAGCUGUAAGGGAAGAAUUGGUGGCACUGAAACCAGUAGUGAAAGAGACAGUCACUGAGCCUAAGCCGGUUAUUAAGCUUCCUUUUCCCACCAGAAACAAGAAAAAGGGGCAACAUGAGAAAAACUUUGAGAAGUUCCUAGAGUUGUUCAAGAAGCUAGAAAUUAACAUUCCGCUUUUGGAAGGUAUGAAGAUCCCAAUGAAGAAGAAAGAUCAAGGAGCGGUCACUAUUCCUUGUACCAUUGGAGAUAGGUCAUUCAAUAAAGCUCUUAUUGAUCUAGGAGCAAGUGUGAGUCUCAUGUCAUUAUCCAUUUACAAGAAGCUUGGUAUAGGGGUUAUGCAAGAUACCAAUAUGACAAUCCAAUUUGCCGAUCAUUCGGUCAAGAAACCCUACGGUAUUAUUGAAGAUGUUCUGGUGAAAAUUGACAAGUUUGUAUUCUCGGUGGAUUUCAUGAUUCUAGAAAUUCCUGAAGAUGAAGAGAUCCCUCUCAUUCUUGGGAGACCCUUUUUAGAGACGGGAAGGUGCUUGAUCAACAUAGAAGAAGGGACUAUGACGUUGAAGGUUUAUGAUGAGGAAUUAAAUAUUGAUGUUCGUAACACCAUGAAGUACAAAGAUGAUACGUGUACCAGUUAUACUAUAGAGGUUCUAGAUCAAGUGAUGACGUAUGAUAGUCCUUUGAAUUCACCACGGUUACCUUUGGAAAGAGUGUUGAGUUUGUCCAUUUUCGACAGUGAUAAAGAAGUGGACAACGGGGAAUCCGAAGUGCUAGCCUUGAUGGAUGCACAACCCCCGUGGAAAGGAUCUCGACCACACCGGUGGGAAGAUUUACGACUACCUCAAACUAGCGAGGAGGAUAAAGAGCUCAAGAAGGGAACAAAGUUGAAACAACUUCCUGAGAAUCUCAAAUAUGUCUUUCUCGAUUCUGAAGGUAAAUGCCAUGCUAUCAUAAAUUUGAGCCUAAAGAAUAUCCAAGAAGAGAAGCUCAUCCAAGUCCUAAAAAACUACAAAAAUGCUAUUGGAUGGGCAAUUGAGGAUUUGAAAGGGGCAGUUCUAGGACAACGAAGACAGAAGUUGCUACAUGUCAUUUACUAUGCUAGUCAUGUGCUAAACCCUGUAGAGAUGAACUAUGCAACUAUUGAGAAAGAGUUAUUGGCCGUGGUUUAUGCAUUUGACAAAUUCAGGAUUCUAAGCCGAGGCUUCUCAGGUGGAUCUUACUCCUCCAAUAAUUUGAUGUAG